AUGGCCGCCGAAAUCCGACCAAACAUUAUUUUCAUCAUGGCGGAUGAUCAUGCUGCCAAAUCCAUCUCAUGUUACGGAGCUGGUAUCAACAACACGCCGAAUCUAGACCGACUCACCAACGAGGGAGAAGGUGCCGAACACGAGCCUACGGGGUUUGAUUCCUGGAGUAUGGUUCCUGGUCAGGGAGAGUACUGGGAUCCUCAGUUCAUUCAGUCGUGGGGUACUUCCGUAGUCCCCGGGCGCGCCACAGAUAUCAUUACAGACAAGUGCAUUGACUGGAUGGAGAAGCGCGACAAGUCUCGGCCAUUCUUUCUCAUGUGUCAUCACAAGGCGCCACACCGAAGCUGGGAGUACGACGAGAAACACAAGGAUCUCUACAAGGACCCCAUUCGGCUUCCAGACACCUUUUCCGACGACUACAAGAACCGUGCCAGGGCGGCCACUGUCGCAAAGAUGAGGGUUGCAGACGAUUUGACCUACACAGACCUGGGCAUCGUGCAACCUGAAGGUCCAAGGAGUAAGGUCGGGUCAAAAAUGAUCGACAGGUGGUGGUGGAACGAUGGAAAGAUUCCCAAUCCUGACGAUGUUACAGGUCUGAGGCUUAUCUGCAAAGAGACGGGCGAAGUCUUCACAUUCACAACAAAACAGGGGCUAACCGAGUUCAAGUUCCAUAGAUACAUGCAACGUUAUCUCCGCACAAUACAGAGCAUAGAUGACAACGUCGGACGUAUGCUGGACUGGCUCGAUGCCGAAGGGCUAACGGAGAAUACCGUCGUCGUAUAUACGUCAGACCAGGGAUUCUUUUUAGGCGAGCACGGUUGGUUCGACAAGCGAUUUAUGUACGAGGAAAGCUUCCAGAUGCCUUUCAUGAUUCGUUACCCACCAACUAUCCAGCCAAAGUCGGUCUGCAACGACAUUAUCUGCAACGUUGAUUUCGCGCCAACCUUCCUCGACCUAGCAAAAGUUCGCAUCCCUACGUACAUCAUUCACGAGGCAUAUGCGCACUAUGGUGUCCGAGAUCAGCGCUACAAACUCAUUUACUGGUACAAUGAAGACUUUGGCCUCAAAGGCACACGACCCGGCGGGGAGGAAAAGGAAUGGGAGCUCUUCGACUGUGAAGAGGAUCCCCUGGAACUGUUUAACUGCUAUCAUGAACCUCGAUACGAGGACACAGUUCGGAGGAUGACCAGGAUGCUGGAGGACAAGAUGGCAGAGAUUGGUGAUGAGCCAGUGCACACCAGACUAAGCCUCAAGCUCAGGAAUGGUACCUCACACGCUGCGGUGUAA